CAAUUCCUGCACCAUAGAGUAUACAGAUUUCAGAAACAGAAGAAAACCUCUCCUUGUGUAUACUUUGUUGUGUUUUCCUUCUGUUUAUUUUUCUGUGUAGUAAUUUAUGUUUUUGUUUUUUGUUUUUUUGUAAGGGUUAAAAGUUUCCAGAUUGAUUUAAAAAAAAAUGGCUAAAAUAUAACAAUGAAGAAAAGAACAAAAUGCGAUGUAAAAUGUAAGAAAAAUAAAUCUAGAGGCAAUGAUACGCAUAGUCGAGUGAAGAAGUAUUCGUCCAACACGAAGCGUCGCAUGAAAUUCAAAAGGAAACUGGGUCGUCUACAGCAGAAACUUCAGCAAAAGGAAACAUUGAUCAAGGAUUUGCAGUCGAGCAUGGAUCGGGUCAAAAAUCACAGUGGGAACCAGGUGGCCGGCGCGUGGUUCUGGCACAAUUAUUCCAUCGUCAUGUCGAACCUACGAGCGAGAACUUCUGCCUACCAGGAGUACGCAAAUGAGAUUUUAAGCGAUCACGAGGAAAGGUGCGAAGAGGAACAGGACAGCGAUGACGAUUUGGUCGUAUCGGAAGAAUUCAUGGAAUUUCUAGAGAAAAACCGACAAUAUAGAUUAGCCCGGGAUAAAGAAAAAGAAAGAAAACAAUUAGAAGAAGCCAAAAAAGGAUGUUCUGAAGAUGAAGGCGAUGACUGUAAAGUACCUGAUGUCCAUUUAAGCGAGUUGAAAAGGAAAAAAGAGAUCGAACUCCUGUACGGAAAACAUUCCGCGAAGAUACAGGGCAUGGAAACUGCGCUGCAGCUGACUUUUAACCGUCACUGCGACCAAAGCCGACCACCUUAUUGGCCGAAUCUUUCUUUCACAUUUGCUUUCAAGCAUCCGUUAAAACUCGAAUGAUAAAAAUGAACAUUUAUGUUUAAAAAUAAAAACUGUUUCAAAACUUCA